AUGCCUCAAAACGAGUACAUGCAAAGAUGGCAACGCCUUUAUGGCCAACGCCUCGACCACCACGAGCGUGCCCGCAAGCGUGCCGCCCGUGAAGGCCACGAUGCCUCCGAGAAGGCCCAGAACCUGCGCGGCCUCCGCGCCAAGAUGUACGCCGAAAAGCGCCACAAGGAGAAGAUCCAGUUGCGCAAGCAGAUCAAAGCCCACGAGGAACGUAACAUCAAGGCUGCCGCCCCAGAUGCUGACCCAGCCAACCCCGUCCCCGCCUACCUGCUCGACCGCAACAACCCUACCUCCGCAAAGGCUCUUAGUUCAGCUAUCAAGAACAAACGCGCUGAGAAGGCUGCACGGUUUGCAGUGCCCCUGCCGAAAGUCCGCGGGAUUUCUGAGGAGGAAAUGUUCAAGGUGAUAAACACGGGAAAGAAGACACACAAGAAAGGCUGGAAACGCAUGGUUACAAAGCCCACCUUUGUCGGCCAGGACUUCACAAGCAAGUUCUCACCCUCACCUCCUUUCGUGGCCCCUCUCUUGCCGCAGCAUGUCAAGAAGAACCCGCAGAAUCCCUUGUACACUCAACUGGGCGUACUGACAAAAGGCACCGUCGUGGAGGUGAAUGUGAGCGAGUUGGGUAUGACAAGCACCUCUGGCAAGGUGGUUUGGGGCCGCUGGGCGCAGAUCACGAACAAUCCCGAGAACGAUGGCUGUGUAAACGCUCUUCUGCUUAUUUAA